GACGACUCCGACUGCGGGGACCUCCCCCCCGACACGGGGCUGCCCCGGGGCUCAGUGCUCCCAGAUGGAAUUCAGAAGGAGAUCAUCAACCAGGCAGGUCCCGACGACUGGAAGAUGCCGAAGUCUGGCGACGAGGUGACGGUCCACUACGUCGGCAAGUUGGCGUCCGACGGAUCGGUGUUCGACUCGUCGAGAGACAGGCAGACGCCGUUCGUCUUCACCCUUGGCAAGGGCGACGUGAUCGCAGGCUGGGACAAGGACGCCACCCUGAUCUUUGAGAUCGAGCUUCUGUCCUUCGUCGCCAGGGACGACCUCUUCGGGGAUGGCUGCGUGAUCAAGACGGUGUUGGCGGAGGGCACCGGGUGGGCGAAGCCUAAGUUCGGCGACGAGGUGCUCACCGACGUGCGGGCCACCGCGGCGGCGGGGGGGCCCGCGAAGGACUGGGCCGGCCUGGAGUACAGGCUGGGCUUCAGCGCCCUCGGGCCGCUGGGUAGGGCCUGCGACGCCGCCCUGAAGGGCAUGAAGAAGGGCGAGGAGGCCCUGCUGAGGUGUACCAAAGAUUAUUCAUGUGAAGAUUGGUCCGAUGGCGUGGAGGUGACCAUCAAGUUGCAGGAGAUUUUCGAGACGCGCGACGUCUCCUUCAGGAAGGACGGCGCCGUCCUCAAGAAGCGAACCCGAGAAGGCGAGGGCCAUUCCACACCGACGGAGGCUUCGAAGGUGACACUUAGUGUGGAUGACGCGCGGCAAGCUGACGCGCUGGUCCCGGGCUUUGCGAGCCAGGUGCUGGAGUUCACCCUUGGCAACGGGGAGGUGUGCGACGCGCUCGAGUGCGCGGCCGCGCACAUGAAGAGGCUCGAGCGGGCGACGCUGACCGUGGCGCGCCCAGCGCUGGCCGCGGAGGCCAGACUGGGCCUGAGGGACGUUGGCGCUGGUGGCGAGUCGAUCGUCCUCACGCUCGAGAUGAAGGAGUUCGAGAAUGGGAAGGAGCAGUGGGACAUGUCGGACGAGGAGAAGAUGAAGUUCUGCGGCGAGCGUAAGGCCGUGGGAAAUUCGCUCUUCAAGGCGGGCAGACUGGACCUGGCCCUCGGGCGCUACAAGAAGGUCGGUGAUGUAUUCACAUACAUCGACAAUUACCCCGAAGACGUCAAGGCAAAGGCACGGGAUUUGAAGCAGGCAUGCGAGCUGAAUAGGGCUAUGUGUUAUUUGAGAAUGAACGACUAUGACGAGGCCAAGGCUGCCUGCAACAGGGUGUUGAAAGACGACAAAGGCAACGUGAAAGCCCUCUACAGGCGGGCCCAGUGCGAGCACGCGCUCCGCAACUUUGAGGAGUGCAUCGGGGACUGCAAGCGUGUGGCCGAGGCGGACCCGCAGAACCGGGAAGUCAGGGCCCUGCUGAAGCAGGCCAUGGAGGGCCAGAAGGAGGUGAACAGACAGGCGAAGGGCAUGUACGCGAACAUGAUGAAUGGUUUGGGCAAGUCCUCGGGAGCGUGA